AUGGCACCUAUCACGGUUUUCAUGGAGCAGCAUAAGGUCUCACCAAAGGAAAAAAAUAAGAUGAGGAAACCCAUUGUGGAGAAGAUGCGCAGAGAUCGCAUUAAUACCAGCAUCGAGCAACUCAAGCUUCUGCUGGAAAAGGAGUUCCACAAGCAACAGCCCAAUGUCAAGCUGGAGAAGGCUGAUAUAUUGGAGAUGGCUGUCACCUACCUCAAGCAGCAGACUCUGCCCCUAACCAAUAAUAUAGUACAUCAAAAUAAUGGUCUACAAGUGGAGUUCAGUGAUGGCUACAACCAAUGCUUCAAUGAAGUCCUCAGUUUCCUCUCACUCCACCAAAAUCAAAUGACAACUGAACUCAGGCUUUUGAACCACUUCAAGCUGAAUGAAGAUGCCACCAUGUCUUCUUCUUCUUCAUCUUCUCCUGCCAGAUACUGCCACGUCAAGCAAUCUGAUCUGAGCAACCACAGCAACACACUCUGGAGACCUUGGUAG